CCAGGCCAUACUCUGCUUUUCAUUUCUUCUCAUUCUUCUCUUUUGUCAACCAACUGAAUAACAGAAAUCAUGUCUUGGCAAGCAUACGUCGACGACCAACUCCUCGCCACCGGCAAAGUCACAAAAGCCGCCAUCUUGGGCAAGCAGGGCGGUGUCUGGGCUGCUAGUGCUGGUUACGACUUGUCUCAGCAAGAGCAAAACGCCAUCACCCAGCAAUACUUUUCCAACCCCGACAGCGUCCGAGGCAGCGGUGUCAUCGUCAACGGCUUCAAAUUCAUGACCAUCCAAGCGAAUGAAGAUGAAGUCAUCGGUCGUAAGGGUGAACGAGGCGUCUUCGUGAUCCCCACAACCCAAGCCAUCCUCGUCGCCGAAUACGACACCCCCAUCUCUGCGGGCGAAGCCAACGUUGUCGUUACCAAGCUUGCCGAUUAUCUCAAGAGUGUUGGUUAUUAAGUCUUCUUGUUUGAGAGGAUUUGGGUUCGUAGAAGAGGAGGGGAGUAUGAGGUAGCUCUUGGGCGUCGUUGGUGAUGCGGAAGACUUACAGGGCGGUGCGCUUGCCAUAAGGAAGGUGAUGAAGUAUCAAAGUGGAACAUUCAUGCAGAAUCAGUUUUUUUCGA